UUCGUUCGCGACAUUCGUACGAUUUUCGGAAGGCCAGUCAAUAAUGAAUAAAGUGUUAAUUUGAAUCGUGGUUACUUUGGAGGGGGACAAUUAUACUUUUAAAGUACGAAUGACUUUCGUUAUAAUCAUAUUACGUUAGGACGACGUACAGCAGUGUUGAGUAGAACAAAAUGUUUAACGUGGAAAUUAGAAAACAUAAUACUAGCUCAUUUUAUAACGAGGCUAAAGAAAAAUAUAAUAACAAACGCUACGAGGAACUCCACAAAAGAUCGAUCGAACAACCCGAAGAAUUUUUUGCGGAUAUCGCCAACACUGUUCAUUGGACGAAAAAAUGGGAUCGCGUUUUGGAUAAUUUCCAUCAACCGUUCACCAAAUGGUUCGUUGGUGGCGAAUUAAACGCUUGUUACAACGCGGUUGAUCGUCAUGUUGAAUCAGGAAAAGGAUCAAAAGUCGCACUAAUUCACGAUAGUCCAUUAACUCAAACCAUCCGGAAAGUUACAUAUGCUGAACUUUUGGAUAAAGUUUCGCAUUUAGCAGGUGGGUUAGCAGCUUUAGGAGUAAAAAAAGGUGAUCGUGUACUUAUCUAUAUGCCACUAAUUCCCGAAGCGAUUAUGGCAAUGUUAGCAACCGCUAGACUUGGUGCUAUUCAUUCUGUGGUUUUUGGUGGAUUCGCCGCCAGAGAACUUUGCGCUAGAAUUGUUCACGCGGAACCGAAAGUUAUUAUCGCAGCGAGCUGUGGAGUGGAACCUAAUAAAAUCAUUAGAUAUAAAGAUAUCUUAAAUGAAGCAAUCGAAUGCUCGUCUUAUAAACCUGAAAAAUGUGUUAUUUUCCAAAGAAAAAUCGAAACUGCACCGUUAGAUUUAGACAUGGAUAUACUUUGGGAUGAUGUACUUACAUUAGCUGGGCCCCAUGAAUGUGUAUCUAUCGAAGCUAAUGAGCCACUUUAUAUUUUAUACACUUCGGGAACGACGGAUGACCCAAAAGGAGUACAAAGACCAAUAGGUGGGCAUAUAGCUACAUUAACUUGGACAAUGUCGGUGAUUUACGGGAUGGGGCCGAAUGAUGUAUGGUGGGUUGCUAGUGAUUUAGGUUGGGUUGUAGGUCACUCUUAUAUUUGUUAUGGUCCCCUUUUAUACGGAAUAACAAGCGUCAUGUACGAAGGAAAACCUGAUAGGACUCCAGAUCCGGGGCAAUAUUUUAGGAUAAUCGAUGAGCAUAAAGUUAAUGCAAUCUUUACGGUUCCCACAUCGUUUAGAGUAAUAAGAAGGGAAGACCCUAAAGCUAGCUUUGGCAAGAUGUAUUCCACGAAAUCGUUAAAAAAAAUUUUUAUAGCUGGGGAACAUUGCGAUUAUGAAACGAAAAUGUGGACCGAAAACACGUUUAGAGUACCGGUUUUGAAUCAUUGGUGGCAAACUGAAACUGGGCAUGCAAUUACUGCUACUUGUAUUGGGUUGGGUCAUAGUUUAAAACCGCCGAAACAUUGUGCAGGACUUCCUUUCUUAGGAUAUAACGUUAAGGUGGUUAACGAAGAUGGCUCCGAGUCCAAACCGCUUGAAUUAGGAAGAAUUGUCGUAAAACUCCCACUUCCCCCAGGGACUUUAUCGACUCUUUACCAAGCUCCAGAACGUUUUUGCCAAAUUUAUUUUAGCAAAUACCCGGGAUAUUACGACACGAUGGAUGCCGGUUAUAAAGACGAAUUUGGUUACGUCUUUGUAACCGCUAGAGAUGACGAUAUCAUCAACGUUGCGGGUCAUAGACUAUCUACUUUCGCCAUUGAAGAUGUUAUUUUCGCACAUCCCGAUGUAAUCGACGCAACUGUCGUUGGAGUUCCUGAACCUACUAAAGGGGAGGUACCUUUGUGUUUAUUUGUGAUGAGAAAUCAUGCUAAAAAAAAUGAAGAUGAGAUAUGCAGAGAUUUAAUAAGAAUGGUGAGAGAAAUGAUAGGGCCGAUAGCUUCGUUUAGAUUGGCCGUGGCGGUGAAAGGAUUACCAAGGACGAGAUCUGGAAAAGUGUGCAGAAAAAGUAUAAGUAACAUGGCGAAGGAUCAAGAAGUGAAGAUCUCUGGAACUGUAGAAGAUCCAACUGUUUAUAAAGAUAUUAAAAGUGUUCUUCAAAAAUUGGGCUUCGCAAUUUCAGGGCCCGAUCCACAAUAAGAAUGUGACACAACAAAAAAAUUUAAGCAUCUUGUCAUUAUAUAGUCUAUAAAUAGCGUAAUUUACAGUUAAAUGGAAUAACAAUAAACGUUCUUUUUUACAAUAUGAAACCCAAUCAAUUGAGUAAAUACAAAGGUCUCCUUUAGUUGAUCCAAGAAUAGGACGACAGAUAUAUAGUUAAUAGUAUAUAUGUAUAUGAAGAAUCUUCGUCGCUAGUUUAUACUAUAUAUAUACAUAUAUAGCGUGAUUGGGUUUACGAAAAUAAAAUUCAAGGUAUAUUUGUAUAUGCGUGAUUAUAUUUAAAAUUUUACGUUUAAUAUGAAAAUAUUCAUAGCAUUUCGUAAAACAAACACUUACGUCGAAAGAAAUGUAAAGAGAAUAAAGGUUGCGUUAAACGGAAGAUAGUAAUAAUAAAAAAAUAACAAUUUACAAGUUUCCUGUAAAUGGAA